UAAAUUGAUGGCACCUUUCUCUCAACUCCAAAUCAAAAACCCAUCACACUUCUUCUCUUUCCUACGUCGAAAAUUUCCAGCAAACUUCAUUAGCUUUUCAUAAAACCCAGUAACAAUGCAGAAGCUUUUGAUCCUUUUCGCCUUGUUUAUCCUCACCAGUAACAAUUUCGUCAUCCAAACCGAAGCUCAGUUUCAUAUUCCUCGCUUUAUUCCAAGAUUUAAUGUACCUGGAUUUCAUAUUCCUGGGCUUCAACAUGAGCCACGACAUGGAAGACAUAGACAAUAUCAUCGUCUUCCCCUCGGACACACCGCCGUUGGACCGGAGUCCGUCGCGUUCGACUGCGAAGGCGAUGGUCCGUACGUCGGAGUUUCAGAUGGGCGGGUACUAAAGUGGCAAGGCUCUUCAGUGGGUUGGACUGUUUUCGCAGUAACCCAUCCGGGUAGAUCCGAUUCGUGUGACGGGUUAAACGACUCACCUGCAGAAGACAAUUGUGGCAGACCACUUGGUUUGAGAUUCGACUCCAAAACAUGCAACUUAUAUAUUGCUGAUUCUAGUGUUGGAUUGGUCAAGGUUGGCCGUAAGGGUGGUGUCGCCACCUCACUUUCCACCGGUGCAGAAGGGAUUCCCUUCCACUUCCUUAACGCACUCGACAUUGAUUCCGACACCGGCGAUGUUUACUUCACCGACUCAAGUUCGCGUUUUCGUCGAUGGGAAUUUCGUUCAAUUGAUAGGAAUGAUCGAACUGGAAGACUACUAAGGUAUAACAGAAAGACGAAACACACAACUGUUCUUCUCAAAGGUCUUUCGUUUGCAAACGGUGUCGCUUUGAGCAAGAACAAGGACUUCAUUCUUGUUGCGGAAACAACAUUCUAUCGAAUUCAGAAGUACUGGCUUACCGGUCCUAAAGCCGGAACCGUCGAACUGUUUCUCCAACUUGCCGGACGACCAGAUAAUAUUAACCGGAAUUCAAAGGGAGAGUUUUGGAUAUCGCAGAAUCCCGCGAAGCCUGUCAGAGUUAGCCAAGACGGAGUUAUUCUAGAAACAUUAGAUGCUCGUUCUAUUGUUGAUGCUAGUGAUGUUACCGAAAUCAACAAUAGUUUGUGGAUAGGUUCGGUUAUUCAAGGUUACAUUAUUCAUACUAGUUAGUUAAUUUUUUUUGUAAGUUGAAUUCUGGUGAAGUAUUUUGUAAUAAAGUUAGAACUUUUCUUA